GCGGAGAAUCUGGGAUAUGUGUUUCCCCCGCUUUUUCCGCAAGACAGCUUCAAAUCUCGCGCGACGUGGAGAGGGCGAAGGGAUCGACAGCUGCAACAUGGCGGCCGAGGUGUUGUGUUGUGAACAGAGUCAUCUCAAAAUGUGAAGGGAGCUACCUGACUGUGCUGGGGGAAACUUUAAACAAGGGGGGAAAGUUUUCCAGUUGUCUGUGGAAAGAGGAAUUUCGGAUUUUAAAAAAAUGAGUGGUGGAUUGGCACCAAGCAAAAGCACAGUAUAUGUAUCCAACUUGCCAUUUUCACUGACGAAUAGUGAUCUGCACAAGAUUUUUUCCAAGUAUGGCACAGUGGUCAAAGUUACGGUGUUGAGGGAUAAAGAUUCCAGGAAAAGUAAAGGUGUGGCAUUUGUUCUGUUUCUGGAUAGAGAAUCAGCGUACAACUGUACGAGAGCACUUAACAACAAGCAAUUGUUUGGCAGAACAGUGAAAGCAAGUAUUGCAGUUGACAAUGGAAGAGCAUCUGAAUUCAUAAGAAGGCGCAAUUACACCGACAAAUCUAGAUGUUAUGAAUGUGGUGAUUAUGGCCAUUUGAGUUAUGCAUGCCCAAAAAAUAUGCUUGGAGAGCGAGAACCUCCUAAAAAGAAAGAGAAAAAGAAAAAGAAAAAAAUCAGUGAGCCAGAAGAAAUUGAGGAGGAGGAGCAGCAGGAAGAAAGUGAAGAUGAAGGAGAAGAUCCUGCCCUUGAAAGUUUGAGUCAAGCUAUUGCUUUUCAGCAAGCAAAAAUUGAGGAGGAAGAGCUUAGACGUAAACAGACUGCUGGUGAUGCAAGUGAAUGUUCAACAUCUGAACUGUCGAAACGUCCACGAAUAAAAAAGAGUGCAUAUUUCAGUGAUGAAGAGGAGCUGAGUGAUUAAUUUUUUUUGUAACAAUGAGUACACAUGUAUUUAAAUGGAGAAUUGGUGUUAAAAAUAAAAUUCCAGAUUAUUUUAAAUGACGGUUCGUGGCUCUUGAACUACUGAAAACGUUGAAAAUAUGUGGACUGGAUAUUUUAAUACUUUUUUUGUAAUAUGUGAAUUUUUCUUAAGUGCAUUCAUUAUUCAUUGUUAUUACUGCAAACCUCCAAACUGGUUGGGGAUUUUGAAGAUGCAUGCAAGUAGUUUUGAACUGUAACUGUCUGCACAACUCUUUGCACAUCAAUAGUUAAUGAAGAUCUUUUUUUCCUCUGUUAUAGCCACAUUCAGCUAUAGACUUGGAACUGUCCAACUCACUAAGACAACAAUCUAACAGUGGUUAGCACUGCUGCCUCACAGCACCAGGGUCCCAGGUUUGAUUCCAGCCUCGGGCAACUGUCUCU